AUGCAGCCGUCACAGGGAAACCACAGCAACCAGCCCUCUCGUCCUGGAACCCCUCCUCGGCCUCCUUAUUCGCCUGUGACUCCCGUCUUCGCCCACCUUACUCCCUCUGUCGCGUCCAACGAAGCACCCCACUCUAUUGUACCACCAGCCUCGUCACCUUCGCCAACAUCACAGGUUCCUCCUUCUGCCUUCCCUCCUCCAGCAGCCCCCGCGACUCCGGCUACCUUCGUUCCAGAACCCGCUCCGGUUCCGAUAUCGGAAAGCGAGAAUCCCGAUGCCAUUGCAUUGCGCUCCGCCAUAUCCAUCCUCCAGCUUCAGAAACAACAGAGUCUGCGAGAUAUUCAGACGCUAGAAAAGAUGAAGAAAGCAGCCGCUGCGGAUCCCGAGAAGUUUGCGCGUGAACUUGCGGCUGGGAACCUCUCUGCGAAGGAUGCGGGAGGGUUUAUCAAUUUUACACAUGAUGACGACGAUGACGCAGAGGUAUCUACAGAUCUUUCUCGUCUGGGGAAACUUCCGACGCCGCAAAAUGUGGUGCGGAUGCCGCCUGUCAACUGGGCCAAAUAUCACGUGCUGGGGGAGUCAUUGGAUAAGAUGCAUGAGGAGCAACGACGGCGCCCUUCAGCGGCUGAACCUAGACGAGAUGAUUCUACACAGCGUGCACCUGAGCAUGUUCUGGCCUCUCCAUACCGGCCAUUAGUAGACAAACUGGAGAGUCCAACAAAGGCGAAGGGGAUGAACAAGAGCAAGAAGGGAUGA